UUCCACGUUUUUAUCGGGAAAAAAAACCCCGAAAUUCGCUUUUUUUGGGGGUUAAAACACUCGGGCGCCGACAGCGCUCCCUAGCGGCUCGGAGGACCUCGCUCAGGGCGGCGGGUUGGAGUUGUCACAAGAUGGCGGCCGCGCGCUGUGCGCGCUGGGAGUCGUAGUCCAGGUCUCGUUAUGAGCCCGUUUAUGUUGUCGCUAAAUGACUACAACUCCCAGCGUGCAUCGCGGCGCAGAGGAGUCAGAAGAUGGCGGCGCCCCGCGGUGCACGCCGGGAAUCGUAGUCCCCGCCCGCAGCCGCUAACGGAAGGGGCGGAGCUAACGGACUACCAGCCCCGUCGCCCUUUGCGCCCGCGCAUGCGCUCGGGGCGGAAGUGGAGGCGGGGGCGCGCGUGGCGUCGCCUCAGCGUCGGCUCCGCUCGGGCGGCGAGGCCGCGCAGGGAUCGUGAGGGUCCUGUCGCGAUAGAGCGGAGCUGUCGGCGAUAGAGGAACAGCGCUGGGAUGUACAAUGGGAUCGGGCUGCCGACGCCGCGGGGCAGCGGCACCAACGGCUACGUCCAGCGCAACCUCUCGGCCCUGCGGCCCAAGAAAGGGGGGGCGGGCGGGGACCCCCCCCCCGGCGAGGAGGAGCUGCGGCGCCUCGAGGCCGCCCUGGCCAAGAAGCCCAACGCCGACAUCCUCGACCACCAGCGCAAGAGGAGGGUGGAGCUGAAAUGCCUGGAGCUGGCCGAGCUGAUGGAGGAGCAGGGGUGAGCUGAGAAAUGGGGAGAAUGGAGCAGA